AUGGCAUCCAACGACCACACCGACUCUAAAGUCGAGCUUUACGACUCUGGGUUGACUGUCCCAUCAGACUCUGAUAACUAUUCCGCCAACAAUGAGUUGACCUCGUCCCCUCCAUCCACGUCGAGCUCCCCGCUCGUUCUCUACAAACCAACAACUGCCUGGAGUAUUCUGCGAGGCGCUGCGAUCAAUCUGAUCCUUCCCUUUGUGAACGGCCUGAUGCUAGGAUUUGGUGAACUGUUUGCCCAUGAGGCAGCAUUUAGACUAGGAUGGUCUGGCACAAAGAUUUUCCCAGUCCAUCGACGAUCGAGGCCCGUGGGGUCAGGUAUCGAAGUUCGAGAGGUUCCGUCGCGGCGAUGA